AUGACAGAGUCAUCACAACUCAUUAACCAGCAGACAGCACCAGUACCUCACCUUGUCCCUCCGGAGUCCAUGCCGCCUCACCCACCACAGUCCUUUGAUGCUAUGCUGCCUCAGCACCAGCACUAUGAUGCAUAUACGCAGCCUGAUUCACAAAAUACACAGGAAUCAGCAAGUCCUCUGUUACACGAAGGGGGAAGUAUGAACCCAUUUGCCUUGACCCAUCCGAUCACUGCUGUUGUGCAUCCCUUCACCUUAUCCAGCCAGGAGAUGUCUGUCAUACCCCAAAAAUGCUCGGAAUCAGUUUUGCCAACCCUGAUAGAAUUUUCGCUCACACCAUCGACUGCCCUCAUGACUCCAAAUAGCUUGCGUUCAUCAUCUGUAGCCCCACCCACAUCAGCAGGCGAUAAACAAAUUGCAGCUACUCUCACCCAGACUGAACCAAUUGCAGGUGCACAAGUUGCCAUCCCAAAGUGGCUGAUGGAUACCAUUACACAACUCGAGCACGAGCUCAAAUCCCAGAAGCAGAAGCUAGAAGAAGCUGGGGACAUCAUUCAUGAACAGGUGGAAGAGCUGGUUGAGCUUCCACACCAAGUUACAAUACUGCACGAUGCUCAGAAUCAGCUUGAAGAUGAAUCACUUUCUUCGAAUGUCGAUGUGGUUAAGAAAACACUUCAAAGCAGUACCAAGUCCUCGAAGUCUAAGGCAGCACAGGCCAUUAGUGACAAUUCAAAAGAUAACAUUUGGAAUUCUGGAGUCCACAAGUGCUUCUUGAAGGCAAUUGGCAUAACAAAACCAUCUGCAAUAAGGGAGUACCAUCCACAUGUAAAUGGGUCGCAGAUUGAUGGUGACCAGACUAUUGCAGUGCAAAUAAGCUUGCACUGUCAACUGGAAGGGCAAAAGGAAAGACUGACCCAAGGGUGGCAUGAAGGGAAGCACGAAAAUGAGUGCUCAAUUUCGGUCAAGAAACUUGACAAGCAAAUCAGUAUCCGGGACAAGUCGAAUCUCAAGACUCCUGAAUGGGACUUUGCCUUCACGUUGCCAUACCAAAGCAGUGAUGAGAGCAUGCAGUCAGGAGAUGAUGAUCGUGGGGGCAUUGAUCCGGAUACAGAGGAAGAAAAAGAUGUCCGAAAGAAGCCAGAUACGAAGUCUAACUUGAAGGAUAUGGUUGAAACUCUAGAUUUACCUGAUGUUAAGACAAGUCCAAGAAUUCCUAUUGAGCUGAUUGAUUGGGAGUGGCUGCGUGCACGUCCACAGGACCCCACAAGGUAUAAUGGAACCAUCAAUGACGAUCAAGUAAUGGUCCCCGUACCUGAGCAAGAUGCUAACCACUGGCAUGCUGAAGCCAAAGACAACUUUGAAGCAGAGCUCGCUGAUGAUGAAGGAGAGCUAGGCUUUGAUGAGGAGUGA